ACCUUGUCAUUGGGCCGCUGCGGGCGGUGACGCCAGUGACGAGUGCGCGCUCGGAGCUGGUUUGUCCUGUGGGGCUUGCUGUAGUCAGAGAGGUGUACGGGGCACGGAGAGACAGGCAGCGGCAGGAAGACAGCGAGGAGACCGAGGGACGGACGGGAGUGUUACCCUGAGAUGGCCCGGAGUUAACAAGACAUGCUGCGAAACACCAUGCCUCACUUUCCCACGGCCCUCAAUGGCGGGCCAAACAUGUGGGCGAUCACUACGGAGGAGCGGACCAAGCACGACCAGCAGUUCGCCAGCCUGAAGCCAGCAGGUGGACUCAUAACUGGAGAGCAAGCAAGGACCUUCUUCUUACAGUCUGGGCUUCCACCUGCUGUCCUAGCGGAAAUAUGGAGCCUGUCGGACCUAAACAAAGAUGGAAAAAUGGACCAGCUGGAGUUCUCCAUCGCAAUGAAGCUGAUCAAGCUGAGGCUGCAGGGUCACACGUUGCCAAUGAUUCUUCCGCCAGUCAUGAAGCAGCCGCCAGUCUUCUCGCCAUUAAUGUCCUCCCGCUUUGGAAUGGGAAGUAUGCCAAAUCUGUCCAUGCCACCAUCUAUGCCCACGCUGUUACCCAUUGCACCCACCACUUCGUUGACCUCAAUGGGUUCUCUGCCACCCAUGCCUAUGUCUAGUCCCCUGGUGCCUUCUGUCGGCUCAUCAUCAACAUUGCCAAAUGGAACGUCCUCUCUCCUGUCAUCUUUCACUGUGCCUUUGUCCUCAACGCUGCCUCACAACAGCUCUCUGUCAUUGAUGGCUGGAGGAUUCCACAGUGCCGGAAUGCAGAAGACUCAGUCCUUGAUAGACCUGGCCUCCAGCAGUUCCAAUUCCUCUUCAACCACUUCACUGACGGGUAACUCUCCGAAAGCUAGCACCCAGGACUGGGCCGUGCCUCAAGCCGCCAGGCUGAAGUAUAGGCAGAAGUUUAAUGGCCUUGACAAGAACAUGUGUGGCUAUCUUACAGGGUCUCAAGUUAAGAAUGCACUAGUUCAAUCCAGCCUCUCCCAUACUCAGCUGGCUACUAUAUGGUCUCUUGCUGACAUUGACAGAGAUGGAAAACUGAAAGCUGAUGAGUUUGUCCUAGCCAUGCAUUUAACAGAUAUCGCAAAAGCCGGCCAGCCGCUCCCUCUGACUCUGCCCCCAGAUUUGGUGCCACCAUCAUUCCGUGGUGACGACAACAUUAAUGGGGCCUUGCCAAACUACAAAGGGAUGCAGGAUGAGGAGCCGCCUCAGAAAAAGACAGCAGUGACAUUUGAGGAAAGGAGGAAGGAGAACAUGGAGAGAGGAAACCUUGAACUAGAGAAGAGACGCCAAGUUCUUCUGGAGCAACAGCAGAGGGAGGCCGAGAGGAAGGCUCAGAAGGAGAGAGAAGAGCAGGAUCGACGGGAGCGGGAACGCCAGGAGCAGGAGCGCAAGAAACAGCUGGAGAUGGAGAGGCGCCUGGAGCUGCAGCGAGAGAUAGAGCGGCAGAGGGAAGAAGAGAAGAGGAAGGAGAUAGAGAGGAGGGAGGCUGCAAAGCAAGAAUUGGAGCGACAGAGGCAACAAGAGCUGGAGAGGAUCCGACGUCAAGAGCUUUUCAACCAGAGGAAUAGAGAACAGGAGGAGAUUGUGAAGCUGAAGUCUAAGAAGAAGAGCCUACAAUUAGAACUGGAAGCGCUGGAGGAGAAACAUCAACAAAUCACCCUGAAAGUUCAAAAUGUCCAAGGAAGAAAACAAAUGAAGAAAAAUGAGCUGAACUCUAUAGACAAGAAGUGUGAUCUGGGAGUAAUCGAGAUCAAACAGCUCCAGCAGCAGCUUCAGGAAUAUCAGAAUAAACUGGGCUCUCUUCUCCCCGAGAAACAAGCUCUGAAUGAGAAGAUUAAGCAGCUUCAGAUGGCAAAAUCACCCGGGAGCACAAGUUCAAAUUUGCUUGGAAUUCAGAAGAAAAAUAUGGAGAAGGAUGGGUUGUGCCAGAGGCUUAGAGAGCAGCUGGACGCUUUAGAGAAAGAGACAUCUGCAAAGUUAUCAGAGAUGGACACAUUCAACAAGCAACUCAAGCGUGACAAUAUGGAUGACUCUGUUCUGCAGUGCCUUUUGUCUCUCCUCAGCUGUCUCAGCAAUCUCUUCCUCUUACUUAAGGAGGUGAGAGAAAGUUACAACAAACAGCAGGCGGCUCUGCAUCAACUGCAGAAGAUCAAGCAAGACAAACUGAGAGACCUGGAGCGAAAGAAAGCUGAAAUGGCCCAGAAAAAGAAGGAAGAGGAGGAAGCUUCAAGGAAAGCCAAGCAAGAAAAGGAGAAUCUUUGGAAGGAGAAAGUCAAAAGAGAAGAGGAAGAGAAGCAGAGACGUCUCGAGGAAGAGCGGAGGAAAGAGCAAAUGCUGCUGGAAAAGCAACGGGCAGAGGAAGAAGCAGCAAGGGUUAGGGAGCGAGAAGCCCAGCAGCAGAAGCUGGCAGAAGAGAGGCAACGGGAAGAGGAAGAGAAGAGGAAGCGAGCAGAGAUACAGCGGGAGGCAGAACAGAGGAGGAAAGAGGAAGAGGAAAAACUCAUACAGGCUCAGCUGAAGAAGGAAGAGGAGGAAAAGAGCAAAGAGGAGGAGAGGAGACGGAAAGAGAGCAGCAGCAAAGAACCAGACAAACGCUUCUCCAAACUUAGUAUAGAUGAGAACUUUGCAGACAAACUCAGAUCUAUUGGGGCCAGACAAGGCAGCAUUGACAAAGGAAGAGAAGGUGCUGCUGCUGGAUUCACUGACAGCAGAAAGUCCUCUGUGUAUGUAAACUACACAGCUCUAUAUCCAUUUGAGGCCAGAAAUGCAGAUGAGCUGAGCUUCAAUGCUGGCGAUACCAUUCAGGUGGAUGAAAAUAACACUGGAGAACCCGGUUGGCUGUAUGGUUGUCUCCAGGGAAAUGUUGGAUGGUUUCCUUCAAAUUACGCUGAAAAAAUUAUGGAAACUGAGAAGUUGGCAUCUCCAAAGAAGGCCUUACUACCGCCAACCAUAUCUGUGUCAUCUACCUCACCGUCUGCCAAGUCACUUUCACCACCUAAGCCCUCUGAAGUGGAUACAGAGUAUCAAAAUCUGCCAUUCUCCAGCCUUAACGUGAAUUCUACAUGGCAGAAAACCUCUGCAUUUACCCGCACUAUUUCACCAGGCUCCAUCUCCCCACUUCAUGGUCAGGGUCAGCCGGUGGAGGAGGUAAAGGCUCAAGCACUGUGCUCCUGGACUGCAAAAAAAGACAACCACUUGAAUUUUACCAAAAACGAUACAAUCAUUGUACUGGAACAGCAGGAGAACUGGUGGUUUGGGGAAGUUCGCGGUCAGAAAGGAUGGUUUCCAAAAUCCUAUGUGAAGAUUAUCCCCAAUGAAGCUAAAAGCCCAGAACCUGAGCCUGUGUAUUCAGCUGUCAAAAAGAAACCAACAACCCCUUCAUAUGCUGCAGAAGAAUUUGUUGCCCUGUACCCUUAUUCAAGUAAUGAACCAGGAGACCUCCUAUUUAAUGAAGGGGACAUCAUCCUAGUGACGCAGAAAGAAGGCGAGUGGUGGACCGGCACCCUUGGUGACAGGACUGGAAUAUUUCCAUCAAACUACGUGCGCCCUCGUGAUCAAGAGGUAAAUGCAGAGGGUUUUGGCAGUGUUGGCAAGACUGGAACUCUAACCAAAAAACCUGAGAUUGCCCAGGUUACCACAGCAUACACAGCAACAGGAACAGAGCAGCUCAGCUUGGCGCCAGGACAACUGAUCCUCAUUCUAAAGAAGAAUGCAUCGGGCUGGUGGCAGGGAGAACUGCAGGCCAGGGGAAAAAAGAGACAGAAAGGAUGGUUUCCAGCUUCCCAUGUCAAACUACUAGGACCAAGCAAUGACAAGGCAGCUCCAGUGUUCAUUCCAGUGUGUCAAGUUAUAGCGAUGUAUGAUUAUAUCGCCAACAAUGAGGAUGAACUGAACUUCAGCAAAGGCCAACUCAUCAGUGUUAUCAACAAGGACGAUGCAGAUUGGUGGCAAGGAGAGAUCAACGGAGUCACAGGCCUAUUUCCUUCUAACUAUGUCAAGAUGACCACAGAAUGUGACCCCAGCCAGCAGUGGUGUGCUGACCUCCAGACGCUGGACACCAUGCACCCUAUGGAGAGGAAGAGGCAAGGCUACAUACAUGAGCUGAUCCAGACUGAGGAGAGAUACAUGGAUGAUCUUCAGCUUGUGGUUGAGGUGUUCCAGAAACCAAUGGCAGAAUCCGGUGUCAUGACUGAGGCAGAAAUGGCGAUGAUAUUUGUCAACUGGAAGGAGCUCAUUAUGUCCAACACAAAGUUGCUGAAGGCACUAAGAGUUCGCAAGAAGACAGGAGGAGAGAAGAUGCCAGUGGAAAUGAUUGGGGACAUAUUGGUCACUGAGCUGUCGCACAUGCAGGCUUACAUCAGAUUCUGCAGCUGCCAGCUAAACGGCGCCGCCCUGCUGCAAUCCAAAACGGAUGACUCGCCAGAAUUUAAGGAUUUUCUGAAGAGACUAGCCACUGACCCACGCUGCAAGGGAAUGCCUCUGUCUAGUUUCCUCCUCAAACCUAUGCAAAGGAUAACUCGGUAUCCUCUGAUUAUAAAAAACAUCCUAGAGAACACACCAGAAGCACACCGUGACCAUGGUCAUCUGAGGGACGCUCUGGAGCGGUCAGAGGAGCUGUGCUCCCAGGUCAAUGAAGGUGUUCGAGAAAAGGAGAACUCCGAUAAACUGGAAUGGAUACAGGCGCAUGUUCAAUGUGAUGGACUGAUGGAGCAGAUCACUUUUAACUCCCUGACAAACUGCCUGGGGCCCCGCAAGAUUCUGCACAGCGGAAAACUGUACAAGACCAAGAGCAGCAAGGAGCUGUACGGAUUUCUCUUCAAUGACUUCCUGCUCCUCACAUACAUGGUCAAGCAGUUUGUGUCCUCUGGAUCAGACAAGCUCUUUAGCCCUAAGACCAAUGCCCAGUACAAGAUGUACAAAACACCUAUUUUCCUAAAUGAAGUGCUGGUCAAGCUGCCAAGUGACCCAUCCAGCGACGAGCCUGUGUUCCACAUCUCCCACAUAGACCGGGUGUACACCGUGAGGACUGACAACAUUAAUGAAAGAACUGCCUGGGUCCAAAAAAUCAAAUCUGCCUCUGAGAAUUUCAUUGACACAGAGAAGAAAAAGAGGGAAAAGUUAUAUCAAGCGAGGUCUCACAAAACUUCAGGAAUUGGGCGUCUUAUGGUGCAAGUCAAUGAAGCGGCAGAAUUAAAAGCCUGUAAACCCAAUGGGAAGAGUAACCCAUACUGUGAGGUCACCCUGGGCUCCCAGUGUUUCACAAGUCGAGCGAUAACCGAUACACUCAACCCAAAGUGGAAUUUCAGCUGCCAGUUCUUCCUGAAGGAUCUCUACCAGGAUGUGCUGUGCAUAACGGUGUUCGACCGAGACCAGUUUUCCCCUGAUGAUUUUCUGGGCCGCACUGAAAUCCCAGUAGCGAAGAUCCGGUCUGAACAAGAGAGCAAAGGCCCGACCACCAAACGUUUACUUCUACAUGAGGUGCCAACAGGGGAGGUGUUUGUGCGUUUCGACCUGCAGCUGUUCUAGAUGACAAACAGCGCCCUCUACAGUCAGUACUGUGUGUAUGCACCAGAACCACGUGUGCAGAAUUCACUCCUAACUACUCAGUCCUUUGCUGCAGACCUAUGCAAAUGCGGGUUACACAAUCACAGUGCCUUGUACCAAGCAGAUCCGCUGCACUUUUUGAUUUGCAUCAUUUUAAGGGUCCUUUUUAACCAUUUAUUUUGUGUGUGCCAGGGGAAACAAUGGAUCUUCUGUGAAAGUACACAUGGCAUAUAGCUGGUGCCAUGAUAGGGAAGGUCCUCAUUAUUACCUACCAAGCUUCCCCAUGGGAACAGGAUAAUUUAUGAUUUUUUUUAUUGUUUUUUUUUUUUUUGUAUUAUAUUAAAGUUAAAAAAAAAAAAAAAAUCUAAAAAUGUAACGUGAAUGCCCGUUUCACAGACACUGUAAAAAUGAGAUAGAAAUUUGCAUUUAAGAAGAAACAAAAUCUAAUUUUGUAAGAAACUGAUCAUAUAAAGAAGGAAGACGAUUAGCAGAUAGAAUUCUAUAUUUAUAGUCGUGUAUAUGUUUAUACAUGUCGCAUACACUGGGAGAGAUUUUGUUUUUAUAUAUAUAUUUAUGAUGUGAUUAAUAAGAUUGUCCGAAAUGACUCUUUUAAAGGGACAGGUUUAUUUUAUAUUUUUAUGAUUAUCUGGACAGGCCUUAAAACAUUGCAAUCUGGUAACAUUUAGAAUUGUGGAAAAGAUACCUUUAUA